AUGGAUGUCAACACUCUCUUCGGCAUCAAGGGCAAAGUUGUCCUCAUUACCGGCGGCGCCAAAGGCAUCGGCCGCAUGAUCUCCGAAGGUUUCGUCCGCAACGGCGCCAAAGUGUACAUAUCCUCUCGCGACGCCGCCGCCUGCGAGACCGCCGCCUCCGAGCUCAACGCUUUGGCCUCCAAGACCUCCUCAGGCGGUUCCGCCGUCGCCCUUCCCGCCGACCUCUCUUCCGCGGAGGAAUGCACCCGUGUCGCCCACGAACUCUCCGAGCGCGAGCAAAAGCUGCACGUGCUGAUCAACAACUCGGGCGCCACCUGGGGCGCUGCUUACGACGAGUACCCGGAUAACGCGUGGACGAAGCUGCUGACGCUGAACCUGCAUAGAGUUUUUACGCUGACGCAGGCUUUGACUCCCCUUUUGGAAAAAGCGGCAAAGAAGACGUCGGAAGGAAGCGACGGCGUGGUGAUUGACCCAGCGCGCGUCAUCCACAUUGGCAGCAUCGACGGCAUCAGAGUCCCGCUGCUUCCCACCUACGCUUACAGCGCCAGCAAGGCUGGACUGCAUCACUUGAGCAGACACAUGGCGGUGGAGCUGGGGCCGAGGGGGAUCACGAGCAAUACGCUGGCGUGUGGGCCGUUUCCGAGUAAGAUGAUGGCGGCGACGCUGAGGGACUUUGGGGAGGACAUCAAGGCCGCGAAUCCCCUGGGGAGGAUUGGAACGCCGGAGGACGCGGCGGGCGCAUGUCUGUUUUUGGCGAGUAGGGCGGGGGCGUUUGUGAAUGGGGCGACGGUGACGCUAGAUGGAGGGGUGGCACUGGUGUCGAAGAUUUGA